UUUAUCUAUGGCUUCGUUUCGUUCAGACUGUCCGUUGAAGUCUUGACGUUAGCCCGCCGGUAUAAAAUUUGUGUACUUCAUUUUUUGGGCGAAGCCAUUCACGGGCAUGCUUCAUCUUACAUCCUCAAUCUUGAAAGGAAAUCGACAUCUGCUGGAUUGUUCAUCUAAUCCGUCAACAGUGGCCAGCAAAUGUGGCCUCUCUUGCUACUAUGGGACAUGGGGCUUUCUGGUAUUAUCAUAGAGGUGAUCCUCGGUCUCAUCGGUUUUGAUUUGCUCUUCAGAGUAUGGAGAAGAAAAGUUUACUAUGUCAAAGUCCAUGAUUUCAGUAAAGGACACUCUUGGUGCAGUGUUAGUGAUGUAGAACUGGCUGUUCAUUGCAGUGUGUGUGAACAUGUCCUGCUUGGUGGUGGUAUGCGAUGUGAUUCAUGUGGUGUGUGUGCUGAUGAGGGCUGCAUGCGCAAAGCAGAUAAAAGGUUGAAAUGCAAGCAAGUUUCCAUUGAUACAAUAUCCAUGAAGCAUCAAUGGGUAAAAGGCAAUCUACCCCCUGAAUCCAUUUGUCAUGUUUGUGAAGAGGACUGUGACACAGAGAGACAUUUUUCAGACUUUCGUUGCUGUUGGUGUCAAUGGACAGUACAUGAGAAAUGUCUUGCCAAUCUUGCUGACCUGUGUAAUCUUGGAAUGUAUCGAAAUUUCAUCAUUCCGCCCAACUGCAUAACCCUUCGACGCAGUCCCAGAGGUCGCUUGCGUUCACAAUGUCUUGUUGCCAGUAUUAAAGAGCCUCAGUGGGGACCUCAAUGGAAACCCCUGAUAGUUAUUGGAAAUGGCAAAUCUGGCAGUAAUGAAGCCUGCCACAUCCUUUCAUCAGCUCGCAAAGUUUUAAAUGCAGUGCAGGCGAUCGAUUUGUCAGAUCAAGAGCCUAAAAUAGCACUGCAACUAUGUGCAUUGUUAAAAGAAACCCAAUGUAGGCUUCUGAUUGCUGGAGGUGAUGGAACCAUCGCCUGGGUCCUUAAUGCUGUACAGAACCUUGAUGUCAAGCAUUUACCAGAAACAGCCGUUCUGCCGUUGGGCACAGGGAAUGACUUGUCUCGUGCUUUGGGUUGGGGUCCGCACAUCGAUGGCGCUGUUGAUUUUCACAGUAUUUUGAAGAAAAUAGAAAACAGUUCAAGUGCUUUGCUUGAUCGUUGGCUUGUUGAACUGCGGCCCAGCCGACAUUUGGGUAUUCGUUUUCCGUCGCGUUCAGUUCGCUUCAACAACUAUUUCAGCAUCGGCGUCGACGCCCGUGUUGCCCUUAAUUUUCAUUUAACGAGGCAGUCUCCUAUGUAUCUGUUCAGCCAUAGACUUAUCAACAAACUUAUUUAUUUUACUUACGGCACGAAAGACGUGGUAGAGCAGAGUUGCGAAGGGUUAGAACAUCAGAUUCAGCUAUUUAUUGACGACAAACAAAUUGAAUUACCUUCCGUUCAAGCUCUCGUCUUCCUUAAUGUUGAUUCUUGGGGUGCAGGAAUAAAACCAUGGAAUAUGGGUCAAGAAGGUGUAUUUAUGCCCAAGUGUUUGUUUGGUGAUGGUAUAAUGGAGGUGAUUGGAAUAUCCUCUUCGUUUCACAUCGCACAGAUGCAAGUUGGCAUGUCGGAGCCUUUGCGUAUAGGGAGAGGCAAACAUUUCCGGCUUCGCCUAUUUGGCAAGCAACCCGUUCAAGCUGAUGGGGAGCCCUGGGAACAAGGAGACAGCGAAAUCGUAAUUGAAAACUGUGGCCAAGUUCCUGUUCUCACCGUCUCUUAGUCACUCUUUUCGCAAAUAUCACAUUUUUGUUUAUAUUUUUGUCAAUUCAUCACGUUUACUCUGUUUUAUCUAUUACGUAUUAUUUGCCAUUCAACUUCUUGUGCUACGAGUCGUUAUUAAUAUACCGGUGUCUUCUCCGUU